UUUAGUAGAGGUUUUCCGUUAAUAUUGUUGUUAUUGCUAUUGGACUUUUCACAUUCAACUGCGUAUAAAAACCAAAGCCACACCACGAAUUCGAGCAAUCUAAAAACGGCAAUCGUCCGACCAUCAACAAAAAUAAGCGCACUGUACAAUUGUAUGCUUUGGCACGAAAAUAAUUUAAGAAAAUAAAAAACUAAAUAAAAUUUUAAAAUUCAAGUGAAGAAGUGCACAGUUCUACGCAGGCAACAAACGAACGUGAACAUAAGCGUAACGUAACGGGUCUGUUGUGAAGGAAUUUAUACGUAAAAAAGCAAAUAAUUGAUAAAAAAUAGCGUAAGCAUAAAAAGAAGAGAACAAUUUUUAUUAAAAAAAAAUUAAGAAAAGUACUUUUUAUUGCACAAAAGCAUUCACGCGCAUUCCACUGCGACUUGACAAAACGCAACAAGAAAAAGAAAUAAAACCACUAAAACAUUACGAUCGCGUGCGCGCUUUACUAGCAACAACUACCGCUAUCGCUUGAGCUGCUUUCGCGUGCAAGUGCGUGUUAGACGCUGCUGGGCGUGCGUUCUGUUAACACCUUCGUAACAUAGGCGCGCAUUCAUAAAUUGUGUGUUUGUGUGUGUGAUUUCAAUAAUAUUGGUUGAAUUGCGUGAAAGUUUGGCGCAACAUAAGACACAUUUCCGCUUGCUGCAAGCUGCAACACGUAAAGCGAUCAAGCAAUUAAAAACAACUCAAUUAAAAAACAGACAAUUGAAGAAUUCUUGCUGCAACAAGUUGAUUGAAGAGAACUACAACAAACAAAGCACUUGUACAGCAAUAAAUAUGGCAGAUGUAUCGCAUGAAUUGGGCGCACUGCGUUUUGUGGUGGACUCGCCGCUCUCCUCUAAGGUGGCAAUGUUUAACAAACAAACGCAACAACAUCAACAGCAACAGCUUUUGAAUCCCUUCUCCACGGCCAAUGGACGUGUGUCGCCAAAGCCGACUUUCUCCAAAGACGAAUACGGCAAACCCUUGGCAGGCAGUUUGACAGAAAUGCGCGGACAGAAAGCGAACAUGCAUGUGCUCCGCGAAAUGCUGGAGUUGUGUCAAAUCAUCGACUCAGAAGGCUACAAUGUCAAGGACGAGCCGAAAAUGCGUGUCAUACCAUUCGGUGAGCUCUUCAAUAUUUACAAUUACAUCUCCGAUAAAGUCGUUGGCAUUUUAUUGCGCGCGCGUAAACAUAAACUACUGGAUUUUGAGGGUGAAAUGUUGUUUCAACGCCGCGACGAUGACGUACCCAUUUUUUUACUCAAGCCGAUUCUAGAAAUACGUCAAGAGCUUGAAGCCAAAAUAGAGGAAAUAAAACGCGGCGGCAGCCCAGCGCCACAAGCCACGUCAGUGCUGCUAGAUAAGAGCGCACACAAGCAGAAAUUGGGCUCGCGCAGCUCCACGCCCUCCGCCUCGCCAGCACCGUCAAAACCGCCAACGCCAGCACAAUCAAAGGCGCCCACGCCCGCACAGUCGAAGGCCUCAACGCCUGAGCCCGCCGAUUUAGCAAAAUUACCGGUAGCGCCCGCCACAACAAGCGAAGCAACCGCCCAGCCAGCAGUUGUUAAUAAUACACAAGCAGCACCACCGGCGGUUACCAUCACUGCUGCACCAGCUGUGGAGGUGUCUCAGGCAGCAGAAGAAAGCGAAACCAUUGCUAGAUUAGAAGGCGGUCAGGAAGCAAAGACACCGGCAAAUAGGGAAGAACUUCCAGCGCGUAUCGAUAUUAAUGCGGCCGAAACGGAGAUUAAUGUUAAUCAAUAUACGACGCCCGAGUUGGAGCCAGUGAUUGCCGAGCAUGCGGGUGUGCCGACAGCUACUAGCGCGGCGGCUGCUAACAACCCGAAUGCGAUUGAAAAUGCUGAACUGCCAACGAUCGUCGUUGAAACGACUGGCGUGCAUACGCGUACGUUGCCAACGCUGCAGGAGGGUGCUGCAGAAGCAGUACCCGCGUCGACUACCGCGGAGGCAAGCGCCGCAGACAGCGCUACAGAAGCGGCGGCAGGAAACAGUGAGGCACAUCCCGAGGCAUAAUUUACUAUACCAAAAAUAGCAGUUUUUCGCGAUUUGAAACAUUAAGCUAGUUAAACAUACUAUAUAAAUACUACCCUAAAGUAGGGUUAGGUUAGCGGGGUACUACUUAAUUGCAUGUAAAUUCUGAGUUAGCAAAUGCAGUAAACUAAUUACUAGUUUAGACAUUAGCUGCAGUAUUAUAAAAUAUUGUAAAGCGAAUGUAUGGUGGAGACACAAUAAUUGGCGGUCAAAAAUUAAGCUGAGCACUAAGUUGGCUCAAAUUCAAACCGUUAAAUUUGUCGUUUUCGUAAAUUUGCGAACGGAUGGUUGUCGCACACAUACAUACAUAUAAUAUAAUAAUUUGUACAUAAAAUUUGCUGUAGUUCGUGUACUUAAACAGAAAAUUAUAUUUAAUACAAGAAUUUGAUUUAUAUUUCAAUAAAAAAUAGUAUAGA